AUGUGUGCUGUGAAAUGCCUGAAACUUGCCUCGUCUUCCUGGAGUCUCCUGGUUGCAUCGCCUUUUGAUGACCCACAAUUUGCCAUCAGAAUUCUCGGCUCAGGCGCUGGUCCGCCGGAGCACUGCCUUGGUUACCUGUUCCGAAUGGCCGAAAGACCAUAUAAUGCGGAGCCCUCUUUGACCUCUAUUCAACGACCUUUUACGACGCACACAUCCUUAUUCAACAUGACGACCGUUACCACUCGCACAUUUUGCUGCUGCAUUCCCGUCCGCGCUGGCGUUAUCUUACUCGGCCUCCUCGGUUUACUAGGAGGUGGUGCCGUCUCUGUAGUCGGAAUUAUUAACCUGAAAAAAGAUGAGGGUAGCAGAAAUGCGACCAUCAUUCAGAUCGUUGUCUAUAUCACCUUGACCAUCCUUUCAAUUUUCGGUCUGAUUGGUGCCAUCGGCAGGAAACUCACUCUUGUCCGAGUUUAUUUUGGAAUGCUCGUGGCCCAUCUCAUUUUCAGCAUGGCUGGUGGCAUGUAUGCGAUCCACAAGAGCUUCAAAGACGCACCCAAGUACAUCAAAGAGUGUGCUAGUGGUUCUGCAGACCCCGCCCUCCUCAAGAGUUGCCAAGAUGGGGCUAAAUUGGUGAAAGGUGUCAUGGUUGGAGUGUUCAUCGUUGCGUGGCUGGUUGAAAUUUGUAAGGUUUUUCAAAAGCCCGAUCGCCAGAGGUCUCUAACCGUGAUGUAUCCAGGGGCUUGCUUGAUCGUCUACAACUAUAAUGUGCAGUUGGCUGAGGAAGACGCCAACCGUCAUCUUGUCAAGGACACAGAGGCAUGGUAG